AUGGCUACAUCGACUGCUCCUUUCACGACUCCCGUGCUUGGGUCGCGAGAGCCUCGCGAGGGGCACCAGUCCACAGGCUUCGCCGCUCUCCUUCCAGCAUCUCAUCGCAAUAAAGAUGACCAUAUUGUUGUUCCCCGACCUGACCUGGAGUUUCUAAAGCGAGAACUUCUUGUUAAAAGAUUAAACGAUGUCCAAGAUUGGCUUUGGAUCUGCGAUCACCAAGUUCUCAUCUCUCGAGACAUCAUCAUAACCGAGGACCCCGAACUCCAUCUCGUAUGGUCGAAAAACCGCAUCUACCUUAAGCCGAUUCCACUAUAUCUCCUCGACCCAGAAUUCUGGAAACAUCAUAUCCACGGCGACGAUUUAAUAAAAUGCGCCCGAGGUUUCCUCUACUCCUACACCGCGCUCAUCGCGUACGAAAGCGACUUCAAGCUUGCGACCACUAAGGGACUGCUGCCUGAGGACAUCGACUGGGCGCAAUGGAAAACACUCUCGAGGGAGAUCCUAACGAGUCACCACUACGAGUUUAUCAACCCGAGAUACUGGUACGGCGAGCUACGCCUGAGUCGACUGAAUAAAGUGUACCGAAUACGGCAAGGAUUUGUCUUGCGCGGCUACUCCAAAGUCGCGUCUCACGCGGUCUACGGGGACCUAAUAAGCGACAACUUCGGUGCCCUAGCAACGAUACUAGGAUACGUGGUCAUCGUGCUCACUGCAAUGCAGGUCGGUCUCGGCGUGGAAAGACUCCAGACCGACGAGGCAUUCCAAAACGCGAGCUACGGGUUCACGGUAUUUUCCAUCAUAGCGCCACUAGUAGCGAGCAUAGGGAUCGCGUUGGUAGUGGUGGUCAUGUUUGCCAGUAAUUGGGUGGCCACGAAGAGUUACGAGAAGAAGAGGUUUCGCGUUAUGAACGUGGAGCCAUUCUGGAGAGCACCGGAACCGAAGGCGACUUUCUCGUCCGUUAAAAGUAAUCAAGCCAAUCCGAACGACCAUAAUGUCUAA